UUUAUGGUUUGAUUGGGUGCUUUGAGGUGUUUGCAAAGUGUUGGUUGAUUUAUUAUUUUCAAGUACGAAGACAGCGGAAUGCUGUUUAAUGUUAUCAAUAAUUAAUUUGUGCGUAAAUCAGACAUCACAUCUAUAAGAUGGCGCCAAUGCGCGGCGAACGCGGCGGAUCUCCGGCUCGGGGAGCCCGCGCCUCCUUGCCGCUUCCGCGCCGCCUCAUCCGACAGAUCGCACGACAUGUCGCAUCCAGCGGCCGCUCGCUGCGACGACUUGAGGUCUCGGGGCGCGUCAUCGACAACUUUGACGACAUAGACGACGCGUCCGACGAGUCAGACAUGGAGAUGUCUCAAACCGCAGUGGCGUGCGGAGGCAACGCGGGCAACUUGCCGCCGGCCGACCACGACGACGAUCUCACCAGCCUCAGUUGGUUACAGGACAGAAAUUUGUUGAGAGGUAUUAACCUGACAAAAGGCGACAUGGAAGAUAGUAAAUUGAUCAGUCAAGUGGUGGUAAAAACAGAAGCGAGGACACCGCCGCCGAUAUGCCGCGUCCCCUCCCCUCCCCGCACCCCUUGCAAAGCUCCUCCCUCCCCUCCAGUCAACACGCACACAAAACCCCCAUACUCUUUCUCUUGUCUAAUCUUCAUGGCGAUAGAGGCCGCGCCCGCGCGGGCGCUGCCCGUGAAAGAGAUAUACGCGUGGAUCAUACGACACUUCCCGUACUUCAAGCACGCACCUCAGGGCUGGAAGAACAGCGUGCGGCAUAACCUGUCGCUCAAUAAAUGCUUUCACAAGGUAGCAGCAGCACCAGGUUUAGGAAAAGGGUCACUCUGGACAGUGGAUCCUCAACAUCGAUCAACGUUACUACAGGCAUUCGGUCGUCAACCCGUACCUAAAGUGGAAGUGGAAUCAGAGCCCACGGAGUCAGACAAGAAUGGGCCGGAUCCUCAACUAUUCCCAUACCUAGCUAGACGUCUGGCCGACACGCGCACGCCGCCCGGCGCGGACGAAUACCUCGCCGCGGCCACCGUGCUCGCCAUGAAGUACGGGCCCGCUGUACUGGACCAGCUCCCCCCAGAAGCCCACCUGGUGAUAUCCCGCUGUGCGCGCGACGAGCACUCGUACAGCGGCGGCGAGGAGCGGCGCACGGCCGAGGCGCUGCUGAACCUGGCCGGAGUCACGCCCGCGCACCCGCCGCAGCCCAGCUAGCGCUCACGAGCGGUAAUCCUGGGUGGUUGGUGACACAUCGCGCGCAGCCCGGCGCAGCGCGGGCGCCGCGAGACGCGGGCGGGCGCUGUGGUAACACCUGAUGUAAGUCUUCCGGACGAGCGCCGCGCAAACUGAUACUAACUGCGUACUGCACUCAUUUCCUCUACACUUUGCGACGUACAGAGUACUAUAUGUAUUGUCUUUUUGUUUAUAUGUUUUAAACAUUUGUAUUAAUUUAUUUGCGAACUACCUUCAAAAUAUUUUAGGCCAAGUAUCCACUGGCAAAUUUUCUUGGAGAAGUCCAGUCAAUUUCUGAAAAUCUUUAUCCAUAUUCAUACUUCCAUAUUUAUAUUAUAAAUGUAAAAAUAUGUCUGUCUGUCCGCUAGCUUUUAACGGACCAUUCGUUUAAACGAUUUUGACGUAAUUUGGUACGGUGGCAGUUUGCACCUCGAGGACAAAUAUGGCUUCUUUUUAUCCCUGAAAAUUAAUGAGUUCCACCAAAAAGAUUGUUCAAAAUAGUGCAGAGUUCUAAAGUUAACGUUACUAUUAGUACUAUACUAUUAGUUUACUUGAGAUACAAAAUAUUCGUCCUCGAGGCACAGGCAUCUGCAACAAAAUGCGGACGGACGUACCAGUGGACGCUUGGCUUUAACAUGAUCCUAGAUUCAAAUGCGCGCAUCGCAUUUUUGGGCAUUCCUUUGGUGAUUGUUCAGUACUAAAAUAUUCGCCUCGUGCGUUAAUGUGCGAUCAGUAUCAUGCGUCACGACAGUUGAAUAAGUGGCGGAGCCACACGCAACAUGCACGCAUCAUAUAACCAGGAUAUCUGCAUAGUGCAUAUAUUUUGAAAACGCACUCGCUAUAUUUGCUCAAUCUGUCAACCUGUCAAAAGUACGGUUUUAGUCCUUAAUUUAAGAGCGGUUACGCACUCAUCCGAUCCGAAUCCAUAAAAAUACAUAUAUAAGAAACUGACCGAACUCAGACAUUACUUACGCACUUAUCCAAUCUCUGAUCCAAAUCCAAGCUAUUCAGUGGAUAUCUUUGACAUAUUUUAUCUAAGUCAUAUGUCCGAUUUGAAUCUAAGGCACAACCGAGAUCUUCUCUAUCUUAUCUCUGGGAUGGUUUCCGCACUUAAACGUUUCCGUCUGUUGUGCGUGCAUCCGAGAUAUUCUCACAUAUGACGGAGAGAACUCGGAUGACAGAAGUCGGAGCUAGUGCUUAAGCUACCAUACAAAUAGUUCUUUGACUAUGGAAUGUAUUUUCACGGAUACGGGUUGGAUACAGUGCGUAAUCGCCCUUAAAGUGGACCGACUGACAUGACAGUAGACAUAGAGUAAAAAUGCCGAGUGGGAACUUAAAGUUUAUGCGUUAUACUACAUUUUAAUUACAAACAAAAUGUGUCUGCAUAUAGCGGGAUUUCCACACGCAAUAGGGAUGAUGCCUAGGUCAAAAAUUAAUUAUUUCUUAGUAAUUAUUAAAUAGAAGGUCUUCCAAAAUUCGUUAAAUCCACAUUAACUCCUAGUUUUUAGUUUGCUCGCCAUUUUAAAUUAUCGAUUUUGUAAAUAGUACGAUAGUAUUUCGAUGUAAAUAGUACGUCAAACUACGCCAAAUAUGUAUGACGUCACAUCUGUGUAUUUCAUACAAGCUCCCAUACUCAGCGAGCGUUUUGACGUUUAAUAAAAAGUCGCUGAUGUGAAUAGUAGUCAUCAUUCCUAUUAAAGCGCGUCAGACGCAACUAAAGCGCGUGAAAAUGUCGCCGUGUGCAAGCGCUCUUUUUUUGAGAUAUACUAAAGAGGUUCUAGCGUGCGUACAUUUUGAUUUUGGCUACGUGUACUGCUCAAAUUUUUAUUUAAUCUUUUUAGUAAAUUUGUAAUUCUAAGUUAAAAUAAUAUGUAGUAUAAAAUAUUUCGUAGCGGAAUCCUGUUCGUGGUAGGGGCAAAGCCCGCGUAUAGUGAUCGUUGACAUAAUAGUUCCAAGAACAAAAAAGAAUGAUUUUGAUAUCUUAAAAAGUUGCGCGGCAAAUUUUAUUUGUCUUAUGACCCCUAUGUAUAGACAAAAGUUUACCAAUCUCUAGUCCAAUAAAGACAAUUCAAUAGAUAAAAAAAGUUUAAACUUUCAGUGAUAUACAUGAUAUCGUUAUGUUACGGGCUGAGUUUGAAAAAUGGUUUUGUACAGAUCUUCCGGGUAAAGGUAUGAUUGGCUGAAAGGCAACAUACCGAUACUUGAUACCAAUAUUUGAGAACUGUGCCCAGACACUAGGUACAAUGCCUAUCACUUAUAAAUCGUAUAGGCAAAAUUCGUUUGCGCGGAAAAGCGUAACCUAAUGGCAAUGCCGACUGAAACCGAAUGUACUCCAAUGAAAUACAGACCUUAUUGGUUGACGUUAAGAUUUUAAACGCAAGAACAACAGAGACUCGUGCUAUCUUGCUUAUAAUUCGCGCGUACAAAACAUGGCGCUUAGGGAACAAUCAAUAGCAGACGGACGCGCGCUAUGAUUGGCCGACAUGUUUGAUCACCAUUAAAAAAUAUGAUUUCUGCACAGAUAUAUCGGUGUAACUUAUAAAAGUGGUAGUACUAUGUGGCCUGUACCCAGGUAGUCUCUACUUAGCCCAUCUUCAUCUUUACCCGUAACACAAUCCUAUUUACAUCUACUGAUAUAUUUAAAUUAUAAAUUCAAUUAAUAUGAAAUAUUACGCUAUUUAAUUAUUAUUACUUAUACAUAUAAGCUCACUCCUUAGCUAAGACCUAAACUUUUUCCAUUCUAAAUUUUUUUAUACAUUAAAAGACAUCACAUGAAGUUGGUUAAAAUUUUCAGAAAAAUAACUAUAAAUAAAAUAUAUAAAAUUGGCUAUCGAAAUGUACUCCUUUAAUAAAAUAAUUCGAUUACAAAUUACGUAGGAGAAUAAUAGUGAAUACUUACUUAGAUGUGAUAAUUAAUAUUUAUUAAAAAAUAACAAUCAUUUAUUAUUAUAAAAAGGAAUGGAAAAUAGCUAAAUAGACUCUCCUGCAUUUAGGUACCCCCCUCUUAAAUAUAGUUGAACAUUCAAAAGUUAUAGUCGAAAAUAAAAUAUAUUUAAUAAGAAAUUAUUGUAGUAAGGGCAAAUGUGUUAUCUGUAUUCCCGUCGGUUUCCUAUUUAUUUCGAUUAUUUAUUGCCAGUAUAAGGACUCCUUUACAUUUCGUGAUAUAAUUACCGAUUUUUGAAAUAAUUACCGAUGACAUGGGUAUGUAUUUUUCAACCGUCUAAGCGACUGGUAAUUACAUCUAGUAGUGAUAUAUUACAGUUGACGAUCUACUUUCAAAGACCCCAUGUUCAAGUGUAGGUAAACCACAUUACAGUGGACCCUCGGUAAUCUGGCCCCUGUCUAAUCCGGCACAUCCUGUAAUGUGACAUGUCUAUUUUUAUUGAAUUUACUAAAUUUGAAAUACAUAGUGAAGUAUGAUUUGUUCUUCAGAGUGUGAAUAACAUAUAGAAUCUAUCAUUGGAUCUGUAAUUUGCCGGAUUACAAGGUACUCUUUUGUUAAAAAAUCCGGAUUAUAAGUGAUCUUAGGGAGUACUCUAUAAUCCGACAAAUUCGAUAGUUCGACAAUGUCCUGCAAAACGUUUGUCGGAUUACCGGGGGUCCACUGCAUUAAAAUUAUAAAAUAAAUUUCUCUUUUUGUUUAAUAUUAACUUUUGGUCUGGAGGAGGCUUCGGCCGUGGCUAGUUAUACAAUUUCAAUAACAGCUAUAUGUUUUUUAAAUCAGUAAUCAAAUAAACGGGUCCUAAAUUAAACUUGUUACCACAAUGAAUGGAUGUCGACGGAAAUAUUAUAUUUUAACACUUAGAUAGGUUUAAGUUAAAAAAGAAAGUAAUUUAUUUAGCUUAGUCCGUUUUCGUGCUAUAUAAUAAAAUUGGAAUUAUGAAAAUUAUAUUCUAAACUGAGCAAUUUAGGUAUAUUUCAAUAUUAUAAAUACCAUAUACAUACCAUAUACAUUAUAUACCUACGCGAUCUGAACGUAAUUACUAAAAAAUACUGUGUAAUAUGCAGGGCAGUUGUUAAGCACUGUUGAAUUGCUUGCCAUGUAUUAUCAAACUGUAUCUACAGAAAUCAAAGAUUUUUUUAAAUUAAACAACAAAAAAAUAACAAUUUAUCAAAAAACACUUCCAAAGUAAUUUAUAAUAAAUAACAAUUUAUGUAUUAGUACCUAUAGUGCCCUGUAAACAACUUGAACAUUGACGCGAAUGGUGGGUGCACACGAUUGGUUGAUUAGUCAUCGUGGGUGCACGCCAUUGGUUGAUAAGUCGAGCCUUGCUUCUUGGAUUCGCCUACUAUCUCCCACUACGCCGCGUAAGCGAAAAAUCUUCAGGAUUCAAUAAGGAGUAAAAUUUGAAUAUCAGACAGGGCCGUAGCCCGGAACCUAUUUGGGGGUAGGUUAGGCAACUAUCUUUUCUGUGUUAUAGUUUUGAUGACAAAAUUACUGUGAAGAAGUUUUUGAGUGUUAAAGCAUCUCUUGUACUUUAAAGUGAUACAGUCUUAAUUCGAUACAUUAUAUAAUAAUAAUAUGAAUAAAGCUGUAAUAUUUAUAGCUUUUAGCUAUAAGCUGUAUUUUUGUGUUCAUUACCAUGUGAUCUACUUACUAUCGCUUAAAACUCUAAGUAAUGAAUAUACUCUCUAAGUAAUGUCUUGCAUAUUUAUUGUAUUUUAUGCGAAUUUCAAAGGGCCCAUCUAUUUAUUAUUAUUUAUUAUAUGUACGACAUAAUAACUGUAUUUUUAUAAAGUGGUUUUUUGUUUAACAAAUGAAUGGACAGUCUCAUAAUGAUACAAAUCGCAAAAACUAAUUUAUUGCAAUAUUUAAUUUAUUUAUUAUUUUUCUAAAAUUUAGACUUCUAAUUUUUAAGUAUAAAAAUAAUUUUAUUCUUAAUAUUUCAACAAGUAAGUACAUGAUUGUUGGUUGGUUGUUAAGUUCUAUAAAAUGAAACAUUUUUUAUUUUAUUUAAUUAUUGUCGUUUAUAUAUUUAUUUAAAUAAAAAUACUGCUACUGUGGCAAUAAUUGAAAGUAAUGGUAACAAUUUUUUUUUAGCAAAUUUGUAAAUAAUUUUAGAUAAUUGUACUUCCUCCUAAAAAAAAACGAUUUCACACACAGUUAAUAUACCCACACAAUUUAUUUCCAUCGCUUGCUUUUGAUGUUGUCUUAAUAUAAUUAUUAUAAAACACUUACGCUAGACUGAACCACGACUGAUUUGAAAAGCAAUAUUAUUUAUUAGUAAAUUCAAUUUCCUUUUAAUAUGAAUGAAACUUUAAAAAAUCCAAUCAAACUGCAAGUCUUGAAGUUGAUUGCAAUUCCGUUGCGCAACUUAUUCUCAAAUCCGUUUCAUAAUAUAAUAUAUUGAAUUGCAAGGCAUUAUUACAAUUUCCGUAUUAAUGAUAAUUAAAAAAUCGUAUCACUGUAAUUUAUAAUAAGCUGUGUGCCAAAUUGAUUGAUAAAAUAAAAGAGUACCAUAUCUUAUACCAAUUUAUAUUAUAUUCUGGUCAUUAAGAACUUUUCAAGACAAAUUCCAAUGCUAUCUCUUAAAAUAUGCGAAGGUUUGAACUGAAAUGGGGUUUUAUGGAUUUGAAACUUCCUAAAUGGCCGGUUUAAAUAAACAAUCCCAUAAAAAUAGGUACCAGAAAUCGAGUGUAUUUAUAAAUGAAGAAAAAGAAUAUAUGUAUAACACAUACUUAGAUUAGGUGAUAAGUGAUAUUAUAGUUAUGUAAUUAAUUAAUUAAAUGCUAAAUUGAAUACAUACAUUUUUGCUGUAUUUAGAAGCGUCUUCCAUCUUUAACUCAUUGAUCUAUUAGAUAUCGUACAGUUGCGGAAAUAUAUCAUUAUUAGAUUAUUUUGGUUUUUUUUUUUUGCAAGGGUAGUAGCUUGUGCAGCUAUUUUCCGAAAGACAUUGAAGGUUUGAUUGAGUUGGUAAAUAGUUUGUUUAUAUGAAAAAUGUACUUUAAAUGUAGAAAAAAUAAACUGAAGUCUAUUUUAUUAUCAUAAAUCAUAUAAAAAAAAAUGAAAAGCAAAAAAAAUUGCUGUUAUUCAAAUAGAAUUCCAUGAAUAAAUAAUAUACUUAUUCAACUUCAUAAAUUUUUAAGCCAAUAUCGUUUAAAAUAUGAUCGGUCGGCCAAUAAAAUAUGAUUUCAGCCAUUAUAUCAAAUCACCUGUAUAUUUUGCACAUUGGCUGCUGCCUUUCAAUAUUAUGAUUCAAAUAAAAUAUAACACCUACUUUAUACAUAAACGGGUUUCUAAUAUAUCUUUCCGCGCCUGUACAAUAAGUAGCCUUUCUUUUGGUGGUAUAAAUAUAAUGUGUAGAUGAAAUUUUACAGCAAUAAUUAGUACCUAAUACUAGGACUUCGCUGGUAGAUGCUAUGUGUAUAAUUGUGUGAUACAUUGCGGUUUAUUUACUAAGUGAUAUAUUUAAGUGAUUUUGAAUACAUAAUGUUAUAUUAUCACAGCAUAUUGUUUAUUUAAUAGAACCUGCAAAUUCUGUUCAAAAUAAUACUUACUGUGUCUUGAUUUCAGUAUUACAGUGAAAUCUUGACCAAGCGCGAAAUUAAUUUUGUUUAUUCAAUAUUGAUAAGGAUUAAUGAUUGAUUGAUUGACGUGACAAAAAUACAUAAAAUAUAUAUAGAUAACUCAAUUCAGGUGAAUCAGUAACGUCUAUUUAUUAAUAUGUUUAUGUAAUCAAAAUUACAUAAUAAGGUUAUAUCAACAUGAUAUUAAAAUUGUUGCGGCUCAUACUUUACCAUAAAGAAAAAUAAUAUAUAAUUUAUCAAUUAAUUUAUUUUUAAUUAGUUUGUAAUGUUGUUAUUGAUUUUUGUAACAAUUGGAUUGUGAAACAAUUUCUUUGAAAUGAUUGUUGUAGAUAGUUUCUAUUGGUUUUGUAAACAAAUGAUCAUUUUAUUGUAAUCUUAUUGCGUUACCUUUGAAAAUAAUGUCCAAUUCCUAAAGAAAUCAAAAGAAAAUCCAAUGUGAAAAUACCGGUCGGUUUUCACAAUUUCAUAGAUGGGGUUUGACCCUUGUUUACGUAUCUGGAAAAGAAAUUAGAUUAUUUAUUUAAUAUUUUUUUGUAGUCAAAAUUUUAAUUUUUAUGGUUCUGUAUUAUUACGAAAACCUUAUUGAUUUCAAUUCAGCGAGGGUAGCCCUAACCAAGAUGCUGAUAGCAGCAUUCUUUUGGAUGGCCUACUAAUUCUUUUCAACAUGCGUUGCUUCCAGCUUUUGAUAUUUUUAGACUCGAAAACUUCGAGCUCUCAAACUUGCGAUCAUACUUUAUGGACUUUAUGUAAUUUAGAUUUUUAGUACAGGAAUAUAAUAGGUAAUUAUAUUUUGUAUCAUACAUAAUAUAUGUAUUACUUGUAUAUGGAAAAUCACAAUGUUACCAAAAUAAAAAGGAUUCAUUUGCGGGCAUUAUUGUACAAAGGUAACUUAAAUAUUUUGGAAUAAAAUUUAUAAUAUAUGUUUGUAAUUUGUAUGUCCAAUAUAAUUUUAAGCUGUGGAAUCAUUGUUGUUGUUAAUAUUCUUUGGCUUGUGAACGAACACCACUAUUAUUAUUGCUAUUGUUGAGAGUUAUUGCCAAAUUUUUUAUUUGUCCUAAAAAUCUUUUUGUCUGUGUACAUAUCCAUUAAAUAAAUUAUGUACUAAAGAU